AUGAACGACCGGUACCACCGGGCGGCCCGGGACGGCUACCUGGACGUGCUGAAGGAGGCCACACGGAAGGAGCUGAACGCACCAGACGAGGAUGGGAUGACACCGACCUUAUGGGCCGCUUACCACGGCAACCUGGAGGCGCUCCGGCUCAUCGUGGGCAGAGGAGGUGACCCAGACAAAUGUGACAUCUGGGGCAACACACCUCUUCACCUGGCAGCUGCCAACGGCCACCACAACUGCCUGUCCUUCCUGGUGGCUUUCGGUGCCAACGUGUGGUGUCUGGACAAUGACUACCACACACCGCUGGACAUGGCCGCCACCAAGGGACACAUGGACUGUGUUCGCUACCUGGACUCCAUCGCUGCCAAGCAGAUCGCCCUGAACCCAAAGCUGGUCAGCAAACUCAAGGACCGGGCGUUCCGUGCCGCAGAGCGCCGGAUGAAAGAGUGCGCAAAGCUCCAGAGGAAGCACCGCGAGCGUAUGGAGAGGAAGUUCAUGAAGGAGUCUGCGGCUUUAGACAACUUAGACGCGAUUAGCUUUUCUAGCUACACCAGCAGCAGCACACUGAGCCGCAAGUUCAACACUGUCACCUCCAACAUGCCAUACUCGCAGGCCACUCUGCAUUCCACAGCCAAGGGCAAGGCCAAGAUUCAGAAGAAGUUGGAGAAGAAGAAGCAGGUUGAUGGAACGUUCAAGAUCUACGAGGACGGGAGGAAAAGUGUGCGCUCGCUGUCUGGCCUGCAGCUUGGCAAUGACGUCAUGUUCCUCAAACAAGGCACCUAUGCCAACCCGAAGGAGCGGUCACGCCUCAACAUCCGCGACAUGUUCGCCCGAGACAACGAGGACGACGCCGACACCGUCUCCCGUGCCAUGAGCGACCCGGGCCUCCAUGAGGCUGCGUAUUCGGAGAUCAGCGCCGACUCUGGACGCGAUUCCCUGUUCACCCGACCCGGACUUGGCACCAUGGUGUUCAGGAGGAACUACAUGAGUGGAGGCAUGUUUGGUAUUGGGGCACGGGAUGAAGGAAGUGUAGCAGGGAGUGAACCUGUGGGUCGGGCGCCUAAUGUUCGCCUACGAGGUCAUCUGCCUCGGCGCUCGCCCAGCUUUGAUGAGGACAGUAUUGGCAGUGCCUUGAGCCUGCAAGAAAGAAACCUUCAGGAGUUACCCUGGGAGGAAACUGAUGUUGUGUUGGAUCAGGACUUGGAGCUAGAGAACAGUCCUCUAGAGACCUUCCUGGCCUCUCAGAACCUCAGUGAGUUCAUGCAGAUCUUCAGGAGGGAGAAGAUCGACCUGCAGGCUUUGCUGCUUUGUUCAGAUAAGGACCUCACCAGCAUUCACAUCCCUUUGGGCCCCAGGAAGAAACUUCUGGAUGCCUGCAAGAGACGCCUGGACACCCUAGAUGAACCAGAGGCCAUUGAAGACACUGAGCUGUGA